AUUUUUCAAGUUUUUUAUAUAAUUGUAGCAAUAAUCCCAUAUUGGUUCCGCUUUGUUCAGUGCCUUCGCCGUCUUUUUGAGGAGAAAGAUAAAAUGCAUGGGAUAAAUGGUGUGAAAUAUUUAUCAACAAUCAUCGCUGUAGCUUUGAGAACAAUUUAUGACUUAAACAAGGGCAAAACCAGGCUGAUUGCAGCUGCAGUCAGUUCUGGUAUAGCAACAAUUGGUAGUACAUAUUGGGACAUUGUCAUAGAUUGGGGCCUUCUGCGGAGAAAUUCAAGAAACCCUUGGUUGAGAGACAAGCUUGUUGUACCAAACAAAAGUGUUUAUUUUGUAGCAAUUGUACUGAAUGUUCUUCUAAGGCUUGCUUGGAUGCAGACAGUGCUAGGCAUCACAGAAGCACCUUUCUUGCAUAGAACAGCCUUGACUGCAGUAGUUGCCGCCUUAGAGAUCAUUCGACGUGGGAUUUGGAACUUCUUCAGGUUGGAGAAUGAGCACUUAAACAAUGUGGGGAAGUACCGAGCAUUCAAAUCAGUACCCUUACCUUUUUAUUAUGAUGACAAUGAUACCAAGCAUGCAUAAAACAUUCAUGAGAUGUAGAAUUAUAGGAGAAGUUUUGUGAAAGAAAACUUAUUAGUCUAUUCUUGUAUAAAUAAAGAGAAGAAAAGGGAAAAAGUUGCUAGGAAUUAAACUACAGUUGAGUUUCUCAGU